AUGUAUGUUGUUAAGGAAACAGAUGUAAGUUUUUUAGCUAGAUGUUGAACAUAAUUAGGUAGUUUGGCUUUAAAAUUUAUUUUUUUUGCUUGUUUUAUUGAAAAAUGACUAUAAAAUGACCUACCCGGUCUUAAAAAGUGUCAAUUUAAUUAUUUGCUACUUACGAUUCAAUUACAGAUGAAAGACUUUGUCAUAAAAUCAAUGACAAAAGUAGGUACAGCUAAAGACCAUGCCGAACAGCUAGCUGACUGUCUUAUCCAUGCUGACAAACGAGGACAUUACUCUCAUGGACUUAAUCGACUUCAUGUAUGUUUCUUAGUAUUAUUUAGCUCUAGGUACUAUUGUAGUAUGUAUAAUAUUAAUACAUACUAGGUAAUAUUACAUAGUAAAUUAAUUUUAAAAUUUCUAAAUUUUUUAAAUUUUAAGGUUUUAGAAAUUUGUAAAAUACGGGUUUUGUAAAAAGCUUAUACAAGUACAAAUAAUGAAAUUUUUAAAAAGUCUUGCCGUUUUUGACUAUACAAAUGAAUGUAAAUUGACGACAAGACUUUUUUUGACUUUUCAGUGCUUACAAAGACAGUGCUGAACCUGCUCCACUCAAAAUCAGCUCAAAAUUUUAAAUUCUUUUUGCUACUAACAGUACCCAUAAAAAAUUUUAGCUUGUGCUUUUAGUUUUAACUUCGAAAUAUUUAAAGUUUCUGCUAAUUUGGCAAACUUGGCAUUGUGUUUCAAACAUUUUUUUCUUGACUUUUUAAACCAGCUACAAUUACAAAUUAAAAAAUGAGUUAUCGAAUUUGUAAAAUACAAUUUACUUAAUGGCUUCAGUAAGCACAGACAGUAAAAUUAUUAAAAAAAAGUUUUGUCGUUUUUGCAUGUAAAAAUACAUGUAAACUGACGACAAGACUUUUUUAUUGGCUUUUCAAUACAUAAAAUUCUAUUUCUUAAUAAAAACGUUAUCAUUAAAGCUUUCAAAACAAAAAAGAUAAGAUUGACUUUAGAUCUACAUAGAAGACACCCUGGGUAACGUUGCCAAGUCGGGUACUCCAGUGAUAUUGAAGCAAAAAAGUGCUACAGCCUGGGUGGAUGGUAAGAACGUAUUGGGACCUGUGGUUGGAAACUUUUGCAUGAAGCUAGCUAUAGAUUUGGCUAAAGAACAUGGAAUUGGUUGGAUUGUAACAAAGGGUAGUAAUCACUAUGGCAUCUGUGGCCAUUAUGCUAUUCAGGCGGCUGAACAGGGACUUAUUGUAAGUUUGGUAUAUCUUGAAAAGGUUAAUGGCUAGGCUAAGGCUCAGGCUUAUGCUUAGGCUCAGGCUCAAGCUCAGGCUCAGGCUCAGGCUCAGGCUCAGGCUCAGGCUCAGGCUCAGGCUCAGGCUCAAGCUCAGGCUCAAGCUCAGGCUCAGACUCAGGUUUAGGCUCAAGUUCAGGUUCAAGCUCAGGCUCAGGCUCAGGUUCAGGCUCAGACUUACGCUUAAGCUUAAUUUUAGUCUGAGGCUUAGGCUCAAUCUCAGCUUUAGGCUCAGGCUCAAGCUCAGGCAAGCUAAGGUUAAAACUAUAUAAGACUGAGACUAAGAAUAAAGAUAGUUUUAUAAUGUAUUUGUCACUUUAAGGGUAUGAGUUUUACCAACACGUCCCCAUGUGUAUAUCCAAAUCGGUCCAGAGAGCAAGCCUUGGGUUCAAACCCAAUUUGUUGUGUAGCUCCAGCCAAAAAUGAAGACAACUUUGCGUUGGAUAUGGCUUCAACUACAGUCGCUUUUGGUAAAGUAAGGUUUUUUCUUUGUUUUUGCAUUGGUAAUACAUAACAUCGAUUUAAAAAGUUUUGUCGUUCUUUUACGUUACGUUUCAGAGUAAAAAACGGCAAACUUUUUUGCUAUACAAAAAUUUGUUAUAAGUAGUAUAGCUAACACAGUAACAUUUGCACAGUAACCUAAUCUAGUGAAAAGAAACUCAAGAUAAGCUUACACUCUUUAUAUUAAGGUAGAGCUAGCUAAAACCAAAGGCCACGCCACGAUUCCAGAAGGUUGGGGUGCUGAUGUCAAUGGAAACCCCACUCAGAUUCCAGAAGAAGUACUAAAUGGAGGUGGACUGGUAUCCUUAGGAGGAUACGAAGAUAAAGGAGCUUACAAAGGCACUGGGCUUGGUAUGAUGGUGGAACUGUUCUGUGGAGUUAUGGCUGGCAGCACGUUUGGCAAGAACGUCAGACAGUGGAGAGAGUCACAGGCUCCGGCUAAUUUAGUAGGUUUAAAAAGUAGUUUUAAUUAUGAUUUUUAAAAAAAUUUCAAAUUUAAAAAAAAAAUUUUUUAAAACUUGAAGUUUUUGAACUUUAGGCCCAAUGCUUUGUGGCCAUAGACACUGAAUGUUUUGCUGAUGGCUUUGCUGACCGACUUCAACAAUUCAUUGAUGAAACUAGAGAUUUAAAGCCAACAGACUCUGAUAAACUAGUAUUAGUACCAGGAGAUCCUGAACGUACUCAUGAACAAAAGUCAAAAGAUGCCGGAGGAUUACUGUACUCGGAAAGGCAGCUGGAGUCUUUAGUAAGUUUUACAUAAAAAGAGAUGAAUAUUGCCUUGCCUUGCCUUGCCUUGCCUUGCCUUGCCUUGCCUUGCCUUGCCUUGCCUUGCCUUGCCUUGCCUUGCCUUGCCUUGCCUUGCCUUGCCUUGCCUUGCCUUGCCUUGCCUUGCCUUGCCUUGCCUUGCCUUGCCUUGCCUUGCCUUGCCUUGCCUUGCCUUGCCUUGCCUUGCCUUGCCUUGCCUUGCCUUGCCUUGCCUUGCCUUGUCUUGUCUUGCUUUGCUUUCCUUGGCCUGCCCGACGUCUCCAGUUCCUUAUUUACCCUACUCUACAGUAUUUCACCCUGUCCUGUCUUUACCUUACCCUUACCUUGUUUACAAUCUGCCCUUAUCCUGCCUUUUAACUGCCUCACCUUGCCUUUACCUUGUCCUCACUCCGUCCUCUUCCUGCCCUCACCCUGCCCUUAUAUUCUACUCUACUUAUGAGUUAUUCUGCCCUACGAGUUACUCUCAUCCUACGUUGAAUUUACUUAUUAUUAAUCAUACCUAUUCUUCUUUUCCGCUGAAGUUUAGUCUAACCUAUACCUACAUAUGUAAAAAUAAAUGCUUUAUUAAAAAUACAUUUUUUUUUCAGAGACAAGUCAGUAAAAAGUACGACAUACCACUGUUUAGCUACACAACACUAUAG